UUUGUUGAGAAGGGUCCAGCUGCAGGCUUGGGCGUUUCCGUCAUGACACAAAAACGCCCAUCGGGCGUUCCCGUCAUGACACAAAAACGCCCAUCAGGCGUUCCUGUAGCGUUUCAUCGAUCAAUCAAGAAGAGUACCCUGGCACAUGCUUUGUCCAAUGGACCAUGGAAGGGACUUUACUUGGCUGACGAGGACGCACCUCACCAGUAUCAGAGCAACAGCUGUGGGGUGUUCAUGCUGAUGCAAUAUGAUAUCAGUGAGGGGGAUGCUCUCUAUCAGGAGGUGGUGGUUGGACAGCUGUUGGAGACCUUUAUGCUUGAAAGCCCUGCAGAACUAGUUGGCUCCUUCUCACCCUCUCCAUCUCCCCAUCUCAGUUACACCUUCCAAUCACUAAGCAGUGAAAGUUUCCCAGCGUCACCUCUAAGUGUCGCCAAAGGAACUAUAGCUGUAGAAACGUGCGUACGACAGCUCUGGAGCUGGCGUGGGGACGAGAAGGGUCCAGCUGCAGGCUUGGGCGUUCCCGUCAUGACACAAAAACGCCCAUCGGGCGUUCCCGUCAUGACACAAAAACGCCCAUCAGGCGUUCCUGUAGCGUUUCAUCGAUCACUCAAGAAGAGUACCCUGGCACAUGCUUUGUCCAAUGGACCAUGGAAGGGACUUUACUUGGCUGACGAGGACGCACCUCACCAGUAUCAGAGCAACAGCUGUGGGGUGUUUAUGCUGAUGUACGCAAUGUAUUCUACCCUCAAAAGCAAUAUGAUUUCAGUGAGGGGGACAUGCUCUCUAUCAGGAGGUGGUGGUUUGACAGCUGUUGGAGACCUUUAUGCUUGAAAGGCUAGCCCUGCAUAACUAGCUGGCUCCUUCUCACCCUCUCCAUCUCCCCAUCUCAGUCACACCUUCCAAUCACUAAGCAGUGAAAGCCCUGCAGGACUAGCUGGCACACCAAGCUCACCCUCUCCAUCUCCCCAUCUCAGCCACACGCUCCAAUCUGGCACAACAGAGGACAGGCCAUUCUUACCACCCGAAGUCCUUCAGCAAAUUGUACAAGAGACGCUGAGACUGGACAUGGCGAUGCUUGGCGUGUUCAACAGGGUUUCAAACACAUUCCGAGAACUUAUCAAGCCUCUCCAUCAUUCCAUAUAUAUAAAUGACAAUUUGGCAGGGGACAUUAAGCUUAAUAAAGACAAUCUCAUAUACAUAACGGUUAGAAAGAUGUACAACAAUGCAGGCUGUGUCAGUGGCCUUGCGCUACGCCUCAAAGGCUUCUCAAAAAAGAAGAAUUGGCCUAGCGCACCCCUGGUACUGAGGCACGUUGCAUAUGCCAGGUUUGUCAUAAAAGAUGUCUGCCUAGCAUAAUGUUCUUUUAUUACUCCUUUUUCGUUUUAUUUGGGACGUCUUUUUUUGCAAUCCCUUUCAUUUGUAAAUGUACAUACUACUGUAGUAAAUGUAUCUGCCCAGAAAUGCUGGUAUUUUAUUACUCCUUUCUUUUUUGUUUUUGUGACAAAUGCUAUACGAUGCAUGUAACAUACAUUUGUGCCUACGAUGUAUGUUGUAAGGUUAAUUGUUACAGAGCAAUUACUGUAUUUUGUCUUUAUUUAAAACAUUCAGUGGGAAAAGUAAGUGAACACUUGGAGUCAAAUGGCCUACUGUUUGAGCCUUCAUAGUGUCUGGUAACUGGAUUUGAACUGCAUAAUGUCCCAAUUGUUAUUUUAAUCUAUUAAUUAUUUAAUUUGGGCAUAUUCUUAAACUAUACCAAACAUCUCACUUAUACCUAAUACACUACCUAUACUAACCCAGAAGAUAAUGAACAUGAGAUCAUGGAGCCUCCCUCCCUGUAAUGAGGGGGAAUGAAGUUUGGGCCGAGAUUCGACACAUAAGGGUAAGCUAACAUUCUGUAGGCCUAGCUGGCUAACGUACCCGUAUUACGAGAUCGAAGAAGAAGGGGGCGCUAACGUCAGUUUUAUGCUGCCCAUACUACUAGAUCGACGAAGAAGAACGGGGCGUUCCAGCCUGCGUAAACGAGAACGCCCACCACACGAGAACGCA